UGGAGUUUGACUACAAAGCUCAACAUGAUGAUGAGCUGACAAUUACUGUAGGUGACAUAAUCACCAAUAUCAAGAAAGAUGAUGGAGGCUGGUGGGAAGGACAGCUCAAAGGCAGAAGAGGUUUGUUCCCUGACAACUUUGUAAGAGAAAUAAAGAAAGACAUGAAGAAAGAAAAUACUGCCAACAAACCACCAGAGAAGCCUAUAAAUGAAGUUUCCAAUGGAAGCCCUUUACUGUUGUCUGAGACAAUUAUUAGAACCAACAAAAAAGGAGAGAGAAACAGAAGAAGGAGAUGUCAGGUGGCUUUCAGUUACAUGCCUCAAAAUGAAGAUGAAUUGGAAUUAAAAGUUGGUGACAUCAUUGAAGUUGUGGGAGAGGUGGAAGAGGGCUGGUGGGAAGGCAUACUUAAUGGAAAGACGGGCAUGUUUCCUUCCAACUUCAUAAAGGAACUCUCUGAUUCUGAUGAUGUUGGAAUAGCACAGGAGGAGCAAAUAAAGUCAAGAAAAUCUGCCUUUGAAGGGACAAUUCUGUACAGAGUGGCACCGGCAAAGAUUGACAGCUACAGACGUUAUAACAGCCUGAAAGAUGCUACAGGCUCUGAGAGUGAUGGUGGUGACUCUUGCAGUACAAAAUCAGAAGGAGCCAAUGGAGGCACGACAAUCCAGCCCAAAAAGGUCAAAGGUGUUGGCUUUGGAGAUAUCUUCAAAGACAAACCCAUAAAGCUACGACCAAGGUCAAUAGAAGUUGAAAAUGACUUCCUCCCAGUAGAUAAGAGUGUUGGGAAGAAAUUACCUCCAGCCACAGCAACUCAGGAGCCAGCAAAAAUAGAAGUGGACAGCAGAACAAAAAACAAGGAGUAUUGCAAAGUGAUAUUUCCGUAUGAAGCGCAGAACGAUGAUGAACUCACAAUCCGGGAAGGUGAUGUUGUCACACUUAUUAGUAAGGAUUGCAUUGAUGUGGGUUGGUGGGAAGGAGAACUCAAUGGCAGACGAGGUGUCUUUCCAGAUAACUUUGUCAAGCUACUCCCUUCAGAUUUUGAAAAAGAGAGACCGAAGAAACCACCACCUCCAUCAGCCCCUGUCAUCAAACAAGGAUCAGGGACCACAGAUCGGAAGCAUGAAAUCAAGAAGAUACCCCCUGAAAGACCAGAAUGUCUUCCUAAUCGAACAGAAGAAAAAGAAAGAUCAGAGAGAGAGCAAAAACAGGUAGACUUGCAGAAGCCUUCAGUUCCUGCUAUACCUCCGAAGAAACCUCGGCCACCCAAAGCCAACGCUGUGAACAGACCUGGUACCUUGCCCCCAAGACGACCAGAGAGACCAGUUGUGCCUGUGACUCAUGCAAGGAGUGAUAGUCCAAAAGUGGAAUUAGUGGGCAGUACAGUAUCCGGCACUCUAGAGAAAGACUCCUCUGAAAGAAGCAAUGACAUCGACUUGGAAGGUUUUGAUUCUGUAAUACCAAUUGCUGAGAAGCUUAAUCAUCCAACUACAACCAGACCAAAAGCUACUGGCAGGCGACCACCCUCCCAGUCUCUCACAUCUUCAUCACUUUCAAGUCCUGAUUUCUUUGACUCACCAAGUCCUGAAGAUGAGAAGGAAGAACAUGUUUCCAUUACUCACAAAACUCUUGAAGUGUCAAGGAAAUCAAGAACUGUUACAAUAUCACAAGUGUCUGAUAACAAAACUUCCUUGCCUCCAAAACCAGGAGGUCUGGCUAGUGGCAGUAAUGUACAACCAUCACUAUCCCCUUCACCAUCACCUGGAUUUCAUUCAAUUGCUAUGGGAACAACAGGCCACAGGUCAAAUUCCCCAUCCCUAUUUGGUACUGAAGGAAAGCCAAAGACUGAGCACUUGAGCCAAGGUCAGACUGCCCUGGAAGAGCUGAGAACACAAAUUAGGGAGCUGAGAACCAUCAUUGAAACCAUGAAAGACCAGCAAAAAAAAGAGAUUAAACAGUUGCUCUCUGAACUGGAUGAAGAGAAGAAGAUCCGUCUACGAUUGCAGAUGGAAGUUAAUGACAUAAAGAAAGCUCUUCAAUCAAAGUGAAUACUUGAUAGGUGGAAUGUUGCAUUAUUCUUCAUGACUGAGACUCAAAUUUAUGCCCCAGCCAAAAUAACUUUGUGCCAAAUGAUUUAAGAAUUGCCUCAACAUCCCUUUGUUUGAAGGAUUAGCACAACAGUUUUUGAUAGCACAACAAAAGUACCAACAAGAACAAAGUUUCUACCCAAAGUCGUGCUGUGCGGCACUAGUUGUGACUGAAAUUGAUCUUGUGCUAAAGGCUCUCUACUUCAAGAUCCUAGGUGAAAUGAAAACUCAGGCAGUUUAGUCCAUAGUGGUACUAUUUUGAUGAUAUUUUUCCAUAAAUAAAGUGUAUUUCAGAUUAUCUGUUUACAAGCUUUAUGAUUUUGACUUUUGGUUUUUAAUUGUCUU